CCUCUCUUCUCUCCUUCUUUCUUUUACUUUCUCAUAUAAAAACAAAACUGUCUUUCACCAUGUCUAAAUAUCAAUACGAAAAUAUCAAGGUAGAUAUUUAUGACAAAGUUGCUCACGUUCAAUUGAAUCGUCCAAAGAAACUCAAUGCAUUUAACCCAGGUUUGAUCGAUGAUGUUGGUAAUGUUUUUCGUGCUAUGUCUGAUGAUAAAGAUCUAAGUGUCAUUGUGGUAUCUGGUUCUGGUCGUAUGUUCACUGCUGGUUUAGAUUUGGGAAAUACUGGCAUCACUCUUCUUACUGAAGGCGAUCCUGCUCGACUUGCUUACAACAAACGUGCUCAUAUCAAGCAUUUCCAAGAUGCCUUCACUGCUAUUGAAAAAUGUGAAAAACCUGUAAUUGCUGCUGUUCACAAUGGAUGUUAUGGUGCUGGUGUUGACUUGAUUACUGCCUGUGAUAUUAGAUAUUGUACCAAGGAUGCCCUUUUCUGUGUUAAGGAAGUGGAUGUUGGAUUGGCUGCUGAUGUGGGUACGUUACAACGUUUACCAAAGGUGAUGGGUAAUCAAAGUUUGGUCCGGGAAUUAUGUUUAAGUGCUAGAAAUUUAUAUGCUCCCGAAGCUUUCCAACAUGGUUUAGUGAGUCGUGUUUUUGACAAGCAUGAAGAAAUGAUUGCUGAAGCAUUGAAGAUGGGUGCUUUAAUUGCUAGCAAGUCUCCUGUAGCUGUUCUGGGUACCAAGCACAACCUGAUCUAUUCGCGAGAUCACACCGUCUCUGAGGGAUUGGAUUAUAUUCUUACCUGGAAUUCUGCUAUGUUGACUACUGAAGACAUUCCAAAAUCCUUUGAAGCCUUUGUUACUAAGGAAAAGCCUGUUUUUUCCAAAUUGUAGUUUAGAACUAUUGUUUCCUUCUUCUCUCUUCUUCAAUAAAAACUCGCAACAUUGAUCUUCCUGUUUCUCUUUUACAUAAUUGAUGUCAUAUGGGAGUUCUCAUCAAAAUUCAUACCUACAUGCAUUGAUAAUGAUUGUGUUAUAA